UGGUGUAUUGGUAUCGUUCACUAUCAUGGCUGCCUGGUAAACUGACCUGUAACGGUGCUACGAUCUUUGGAGAAAUACAUUUAUUGUGUUAAUCCUGCAGUAAAAAGGGGUUUUUAAUUAAUAAUUAAGGUUUCUAUAGCUUGUGUAGUUCAUGAUGGCGGGGAGCAGCACUGCUCAGAAGACAUGGGAGCUUUCCAACAGCAUGAACGAGGUUCAGGGCAUUGACGAAAUCUACAAAUAUGACAAAAAACAACAACAGGAAAUCCUCGCUGCAAAGCCAUGGACAAAAGAUCACCACUACUUUAAGUACUGCAAGGUGUCGGCUCUGGCCCUUCUGAAGAUGGUGAUGCACGCGCGGUCGGGGGGGAACCUGGAGGUUAUGGGUCUGAUGCUGGGGAAGGUAGACGGAGAGACCAUGAUGAUUAUGGACAGCUUCGCGCUGCCGGUGGAGGGAACAGAAACACGUGUCAACGCUCAGGCUGCGGCGUACGAGUACAUGGCUGCGUACAUCGAGAACGCUAAACAGGUGGGCCGUCUGGAGAACGCUAUUGGCUGGUACCACAGUCACCCUGGAUACGGAUGCUGGCUCUCAGGAAUCGACGUCAGCACUCAGAUGCUCAACCAGCAGUUCCAGGAGCCCUUUGUGGCCGUCGUGAUUGACCCCACCCGCACCAUUUCUGCUGGGAAAGUCAACCUGGGCGCCUUCAGGACCUACCCCAAGGUAAAUGCAAACAUUGCAGGCUUUGUUGUCAUUUGAACAUACAGUGUAGAU